AUGCGAAACAGAGACCUUUCUACAGCCAUGGCGAUUAUGCUUCUUCGUACUCUAGCGUUUUUCACUCUGGCUGUUAACCUCGCAACCUGCCAAUCAUUUGUCGGCGUAAACUACGGCCAAGUCGCCGACAACCUCCCACCACCUUCAGCCACCGCAAAGCUACUACAGUCCACCUCAAUCCAAAAGGUCCGGCUGUACGGAUCCGACCCGGCCAUAAUCAAAGCUCUAGCGAACACCGGCGUCGGAAUUGUUAUCGGAGCAGCGAACGGAGACAUCCCGGGUCUUGCAUCCGACCAGAAUUUCGCCAAGAGCUGGGUCGACGCCAACGUGGCCCCGUUCUAUCCGGCAAGCAACAUCAUUCUCAUCACCGUCGGCAACGAAGUCUUGACCUCCGGCGACCAGGGCUUGAUUUCUCAGUUGGUUCCGGCGAUUCAGAAUGUCCAAAAGGCCCUCGAUUCCGCAUCUUUGGGUGGGAAGAUUAAGGUCUCCACCGUCCAUUCCAUGGCGGUGCUUAAGCAAUCUGAACCGCCGUCUUCUGGAAGCUUCGACCCCGGUUUUGGCGACGUCAUGAAGUGGUUGCUCGCGUUUAACUCUGCCACCGGUUCGCCUUUCGCAAUCAACCCGUACCCCUACUUCGCUUACCGAAGCGACCCGAGACCGGAGACGCUAGCUUUUUGUCUGUUCCAACCGAACGGGGGCCGGUUCGACUCGAAAACAAAUAUUAAAUACAUGAACAUGUUCGAUGCUCAGGUGGAUGCAAUAAGAUCUGCAUUGGACUCAAUGGGAGCCAAGAAUGUGGAAAUUGUAGUGGCUGAGACUGGUUGGCCCUACAAAGGGGACAGCAAUGAGGUGGGGCCCAGUGUUGAUAACGCCAGAGCUUAUAACGGUAACUUGAUUGCACACCUUCGAUCAAUGGCUGGGACUCCAUUGAUGCCAGGGAAGUCAGUUGACACUUACCUCUUUGCACUGUACGAUGAGAACUUGAAGCCUGGCCCUGGUUCUGAGAGAGCUUUUGGUCUCUUCAAGCCUGACCUCACCAUGACUUAUGAUGUUGGCCUCUCCAAGACUGGACAGACCCCUUCCACGCCUUCCUCCACGCCGUCAACGCCUUCCACCACGCCCUCCACGCCCUCUGCAGUACCCAAAACGCCAGUUAAUCCAUCGGCGCCAAAGCCAAAGAAGGCAGCGUGGUGUUUGCCGAAGGCCGGAGUAUCAGAUUCCCAGUUGCAGGCCAAUAUAGAUUAUGUCUGUGGACAUGGUUUUGAUUGCAGCCCAAUUCAACAAGGCGGGGCUUGUUUUGAACCAAACACAGUACAAUCCCAUGCUGCUUAUGCCAUGAAUCUCCUCUAUCAAACUGCUGGUGGGGAUCCUUUGAAUUGCGAUUUCUCACAAACAGCUACACUCUCAUCCAACAAUCCCAGCUAUGAUGGCUGCCACUACCCAGGUGGAAGUACCUAA